GACUUGUGCGGCGAGCCGGCGGGGCAGAAGACGAGAAAACGGGCCCACCGCCGCAGCAGCUCGCUGGACCUCGGCGCCGGGAAGGGCGAGGCCGAAGUGCUGCGCAAGCUGAAGCUGAAGGCGCAGGAGGUCGGGGCCCGCAACAAGACGAAGUGGAGGCGCCGCGUCAUGUGGAACCAGUGCUUCUACCUCAGCAUCGCGCACGCCUACAUGGGCACCGGCGACAACGACCGGCAGACGAAGCGUCUGGCCCGCAAGCUCCGCUACGCCAUCGAGGCGGCGGUGCUGGAGCGGCACCCGUCCUGGUCGCAGGGGCUCCGCGACAGCGCCGCGGGGACCGGGCCGCCCAUGGUCUUCGCCGACUUCUUGCAGAUCGCCAUGCGGGUGAACGGCGUCCCGCGGGAGAGGAACUUCCUCUCCCGCCUGGCGGUCUGCGUGCUCGACUCCGUGUGCGGGUAUGCCGAGGCCUACGUGGGCCCCGGUUACGGCGGGGGAGCACAGGAGAGGAACUUCAUUCUGCUGCUGCACCUGCCGGGCCACUACUGCUGCCUGGUGCGGGACGACGGCGAGGGCUCCAAGCUUGGCAUGACGUACCGCGAGUUCAAGGAGAGGUUAGUUGCGAGGGAUGUCCUGCUGGUCGAGACGAUGGCGUGA